AUGACUCUACCGUGUUCAAGCGCAGGAAGCGAACACGGGACGAAGGGAACGAGCGAUGAAGGCGAAAGGCUCCUCAGGAUUAUGGAGCACGGCUCCCUCAACGCGAGCACGCUGAAAGGAUACCACAGCAAGUGGGACACGUGGACAGGUGAAAGAGCUAAAGCGAAUCUGAGUCCAUGGUUGUACGAAGAAGACGGUGUGGAUAGCGCAGUGAUAGAGCUGACUGUGUUCAUGGCGUCGAGGUGUUUAGUGGACAAGAACCAAAGCCAAACGGUGAAGGGGUACCUCGCGACUAUCAAGUACUUCCAUAAACUGUAAGCAGGCUGGGAGCUGCCCACGUCUCACUUCAGAAGGGUAGCUGUUGGGAAGGCAAUAGACAGACUGCAUGCGAGGGCAGAGACGAAACCGUUGGUAAGGCAACCGCUCACCGUGCCGAUAAUCAUUGCUGGUAGAGAAAGAACGCAGACGAAUGCUUCCGGACUAGUGACGUGGAUGGGGAUCGCUCUCUCAUAUUUCUUGCUGUGCCGAGCGUCUGAGCUGUGGGCCUACCAGAACGGCUUAGUGCACGCCGGUGUUUGUCUCACGAGAGGGAACCUCGUAUUCUUCGAAGGAGCGUGUCGGCUAGCGUGGAACGAAAGAAGGUGGGCAGACAGAGUAGAAGUGACCUUUCGCGCGUCGAAAGCGGACCAAAAGAGGCGAGGCGCGGUAGUAUCGAGAGAGAGAGUAGUGCGGGACGAGGAAGGGGGACAGAUGGCUGAGAAGUUGGGGGCGCUAGAGAUCUUGCUGAAUCUGCUUGACCUGCACCCAGAGUUAGGAAGUAGCGCGCCGCUCAUGCAGUCGGUCAAGCAGGGACGGUGGGCAGUAGUGUCGAGGUCGGAAACAACGACAGUGCUGAGAGACAUGGUGAAAAGAGUAGGAGAAGACCCAACGCACUUCGCGCUGCAUUCAGGGAGGAUAGGUGGUGCGACGCAACCAGCAAAGCAGGGCGAAUCGGUUGUUCAGAUUCAGAGGGCGGGGAGGUGGAAGUCAGGAGCGUUUAUGACGUACGUUAGGGCAGGAGGAGGCGAAGGCGCUAACCAUGUAUCGCGUGCACUAGCGUCUAGCUGAAGGGGAGAAGUAGCGUGGAAAAGAGCGCCGAGUAUCGGGCCGCGCAAUGGGAUAUGACCUGGGCAUAGACGUCGGGUUGGCCUGAUAAGUGAUACCUAGUGAGUCCGAGAAGAAGUCAAUGGUUCGGCUCAUAGGUUGGAUUUUGGUUUUGAUAUGUUUUGGUUUCGGCGUUUCUGAUUUCUUGUCGCCUUUUUCUAAUUAUCCAAAUUUCUUGAGCAAAACACAAAACGAAGGAUUC